ACAAAUAAGCUUAUGCAUCUGAGCGACUUUCUAAAGCGAUAAACAAACAGAAAAAGAAUUAAAAAAAUUACAGUUAUUGAUGGAGUCUGAGCAGAGGGUACCGCUGAGUGAACAAGAAGAAUGGUCGGACGUAAUUCCGGUGACUCAGAACGACGGCCCCAAUCCGGUGGUUCCGAUUGCAUACUCCGAGGAGUUUUCCGAGACUAUGGAUUAUUUCAGAGCUGUUUAUUUGGCUGAUGAGCGAUCUCCCCGCUCUCUUAAACUCACUGCUCUUGCUAUUCGACUUAAUGCCGGAAACUACACUGUAUGGCAAUUUAGGCGUCUGAUCCUUGAGGCGCUUAAUGUCAACUUGAAUGAGGAGUUGGAUUUUGUUGAUAGCAUUUCCAGCAAUAAUCCCAAGAAUUAUCAGAUAUGGCAUCAUAGGAGGUGGCUUGCUGAGAAGCUAGGAAAAGGAAGUUUGAAUAGAGAACUCGAGUUCACAAGGACUAUAUUCCAGCAAGAUGCAAAGAAUUAUCAUGCUUGGUCUCAUCGACAGUGGGUUCUGCAGAAUCUUGGAGGCUGGGAAAAUGAACUUGCUUACUGCCAGGAACUGCUUGAGGAAGAUGUUUUUAAUAAUUCUGCUUGGAAUCAGCGAUAUUUUGUAGUCACAAAAUCCCCUCUCCUUGGGGGUCUGGAAUCCAUGAGAGAGUCAGAAGUCAGCUACACUGUGGAAGCCAUUAUAGCCAAUCCUGAGAAUGAAAGCCCAUGGAGAUACCUGAGAGGCCUGUACAAAGGUUCCAUGCAAUCAUUAGUGAAUGACCCUCAAGUCUCCUCAGUAUGUCUAAAGGUUUUGACAGCGAACAACUACGUUGUUUUUGCUUUGAGCAUGCUUUUGGAUCUUCUGAGCCUUGGUUAUGAACCGAGCCAAGAGUUGAAGCAUGCGAUAGAUGCUCUAACUCUAGAGACACAGCCACCGGAUUCAGAUAUUGCAAAAACUGUUUGUUCUGUUCUGGAAAAAGUCGAUUUUAUGAGGGUGAAUUACUGGAAGUGGCGGAAGAGUUCACUUCCUGCUCAAACAGUUUAAAUUACAGUAUCGAGCAAAUGAUAUACAGUAUGGAAUUUUCUAUGUUUUGGUCUGGCUGACUAGAGGAGAGAGUCACAUCUUAGAUCUUUGACGUUUAUAAUGGUUAAUCUUCGAUCUAUGCUGCUGUUCCAGCUGGUUUCUAUGUUGUAUGAUGCCUGUUAAAAUAAUAACUUCUAUAUAUUGCUCUA